AUGUUCCUGAAAAUUUACAGAGAAAAGUCUUGUUCCAGAACAUCUACAGAGAAGAGUCAUGUUCCAGAACAUCUACAGAGGAGAGUCUUGUUCCAGAACAUCUACAGAGAAAAGGCUUGUUCCAGAACAUCUACAGAGAAGAUUUAUGUUCCAGAACAUCUACAGAGGAGAGUCUUGUUCACAAACAUCUACAAAGGAGCGUCUUGUUCACGAACAUCUACAGAGAAUAGUCUUAUUCCAGAACACCUACAGAGGAGAUUCUUGUUCCUGAACAUCUACAGAGGAGAGUCUUGUUCACGAACAUCUACAGAGAAGAGUCUUGUUCACGAACAUCUACAGAGGAGAGUCUUGUUCACGAACAUCAACAGAGAAGAGUCUUGUUCACGAACAUCUACAGAGGAGAGUCUUGUUCACGAACAUCAACAGAGAAGAGUCUUGUUCCAGAACAUCUACAGAGAAGAGUCUUGUUCACGAAAAUCUACAGAGAAGAGUCUUGUUUCAGAACAUCUACAGAGAAGAGUCUUGUUCCAGAACAUCUACAGAGAAGAGUCUUGUUUCAGAACAUCUACAGAGAAGAGUCUUGUUCCUGAAAAUCUACAGAGGAGAUUUAUGUUCCUGAAAAUUUACAGAGAAAAGUCUUGUUCCAGAACAUCUACAGAGAAGAGUCAUGUUCCAGAACAUCUACAGAGGAGAGUCUUGUUCCAGAACAUCUACAGAGAAAAGGCUUGUUCCAGAACAUCUACAGAGAAGAGUCAUGUUCCAGAACAUCUACAGAGAAGAUUCAUGUUCCAGAACAUCUACAGAGGAGAGUCUUGUUCACAAACAUCUACAAAGGAGCGUCUUGUUCACGAACAUCUACAGAGAAUAGUCUUAUUCCAGAACACCUACAGAGGAGAUUCUUGUUCAAGAACAUCUACAGAGGAGAGUCUUGUUCACGAACAUCUACAGCGAAGAGUCUUGUUCACGAACAUCUACAGAGAAGAGUCUUGUUCACGAACAUCUACAGAGAAGAGUCUUGUUCCAGAACAUCUAAAGAGAAGAGUCAUGUUCACGAACAUCUACAGAGAAGAGUCUUGUUCACGAAAAUCUACAGAGAAGAGUCUUGUUCCAGAACAUCUACAGAGAAGAGUCUUGUUCCAGAACAUCUACAGAGGAGAGUCUUGUUCACGAACAUCAACAGAGAAGAGUCUUGUUUCAGAACAUCUACAGAGAAGAGUCUUGUUCCAGAACAUCUACAGAGGAGAGUCUUGUUCACGAACAUCAACAGAGAAGUCUUGUUCACGAACACCUACAGAGAAGAAUCUUGUUCCUGAAAAUCUACAGAGAAGAGUCAUGUUCCAGAACAUCUAUAGUGGAGAGUCUUGUUCCAGAACAUCUACAGAGAAGAGUCUUGUUCCAGAACAUCUACAGAGGAGAGUUAUGUUCCAGAACAUCUACAGAGAAGAUUCAUGUUCCUGA